UGAUACAGAGCAAUCCGAACGCGGUUAUUGUUUUUGUUUUUACUAACCUUAGAUCGAAAAAUUUUUUAUGUUUUUAACGUUAGCCUUACUUAUACCUUAAUAAAAUUAUAUUUUUGAAUUAGUUUGACUGAAUUAUCGAAACUAUUAUGAGAAUCAAUAAAACCACAAUUAUUGGGAUAUUCAGUUGUAUGAUUAUUAUAUACAUAAUACAUCGAAGAAAGUCUAGUCGAAUAAUUAACCUGAAAGAGGCCCUCAGUUUGGCCAUAUAUGCUUCUCAAAGUGGAGGAAAUGUUAUUCUUGAAAAUAGAAAUAACUUGAUUAUAAAAAAUAAAGGGCUAACUAAAGAAGGCUUAGAAGACAAAGUAACCAGUGCAGAUUAUUUGUCACAUUGUAUAAUGGUUAAGACAAUCAAACAUCAUUUUCCAAGUUUGAAUGUAAUAUCUGAAGAGUCAGAUACGUUAUGUUCACCUAGUGAUGAAAUGGAGAAAUUUAUCAAACAUGAUUCAAGUAACUUGGAUUAUGUAAAAGAGGAGUGGGUCAAAGCAGAUGAUUUAACAAUUUGGAUUGACCCUUUGGACGCAACUCAUGAAUUUACAGAAAAAUUGUAUCAAUAUGUUACUACUAUGGUGUGUAUCGCUUUAAAUGGUAAACCUAUUAUUGGAGUCAUUCAUAAGCCAUUUGAGAAUAUCACUUCUUGGGCUUGGGUUGGGAAGUCUAGAUCUGCUGAUCUGGAUACUAAUAAGAAGGUUUAUGGUGAAAAUGUGAAGAUUUCAAUAUCAAGAUCUCAUAGUGGAAAAAUCAAGGAAAUUCUAAAUGAAAAACUUACGAAUUAUGAACUUAUCGAAGCAGCAGGAGCUGGCUAUAAGUCUCUGCAAGUAGCCUACAAAGAGGUGGAUGCAUACCUCCAUAUUACUGCUAUUAAAAAAUGGGAUAUCUGUGCCGGAAACGCAAUUCUAGACGCACUUGGUGGAAAGAUGACCGACAGAGAGCAGAGAAAUAUUGAUUAUUCUAAGAAUUCUAAUGUGAUAAACGAAAACGGAUUGAUUGCAACUUUGAAUAACCACGACAAAUUUAUAGGAUUAUUGUAGAAUAAAGGUUUAAACAAA